GAUAAUAUAAUUUAGAAAAAUAAAAGUAGUUAUCCAUUGCUUAUGACGAUGCUAGCCCUGUAGUAAGAACAUAAACUAAAAAGUUUGGGUUUUGAAAAGGGUUUUUACAUUUUUCAGAGUUGUCUGAAAGAGGAAGAGCAGAGAGAGUGUGAGGCGAUGGAGGGUGCAUCGUAUGCGCGCAUGCCGAGGGUGAAAAUCCGCGAGCUGAAGGAUGAUUAUGCCAAGUUCGAGCUCCGGGAUACGGAUGCGAGUAUCGCGAACGCGCUGCGGCGCGUGAUGAUCGCGGAGGUGCCGACGAUCGCGAUUGAUCUGGUGGAGAUAGAGGUGAAUUCGUCGGUACUGAACGACGAGUUCAUAGCGCACAGACUCGGACUCAUUCCGCUCACGAGUGAGCGAGCCAUGUCCAUGCGCUUCUCACGUGACUGCGACGCGUGUGACGGCGACGGCCAGUGUGAAUUCUGCUCCGUGGAGUUUCACCUUAGGGUUAAGUGUAUGACUGACCAAACCCUCGAUGUCUCCAGCAAAGACCUUUACAGUUCCGACCCCUCCGUCGUUCCCGUCGAUUUCUCUGACCCUGCUUCCUCCGAUUCUUCCGAGAGCAGGGGGGUUAUCAUUGUGAAGCUGAGGCGAGGACAAGAGCUGAGGCUGAGAGCGAUAGCUAGGAAGGGGAUUGGCAAAGAUCAUGCCAAGUGGUCACCUGCUGCAACUGUCACUUUCAUGUAUGAACCAGAGAUUCAUAUAAAUGAGGACUUGAUGGAGACACUGACUCUUGAGGAGAAAAGAGAAUGGGUUGAUAGCAGCCCUACACGUGUGUUUGAAAUUGAUCCAGUAACACAACAGGUAAUGGUGGUUGACGCUGAGGCAUACUCAUAUGAUGAUGAGGUGCUCAAGAAAGCAGAAGCCAUGGGGAAGCCUGGGCUUGUGGAAAUCAUUGCAAGACAAGAUAGCUUCAUAUUCACAGUUGAAUCUACUGGAGCAAUUAAAACUUCUCAAUUAGUACUAAAUGCCAUAGAAAUUCUCAAGCAGAAGCUGGAUGCUGUGCGGCUAUCUGAAGAUACAGUGGAGGCUGAUGAUCAGUUUGGUGAGCUAGGUGCACAUAUGCGAGGAGGAUAACUGAGUUGAUUGUAUUAGAAGGAUAUCAAAUUUGUUUCACUGAACUUGUUUCUUUCUUCUUUUACUUAACUGAAUAGCUGCAGCAAGUGUUAACUUGGUGAGUCGAAGAUGCUAAUUACUAUUUUCCCCCUUGAAGAACAACAUAGAUAGUUGUUAUGUUUCACUCUUAUCAUUAGGUAGAUUCAUGCACACAAAAGUUCUAUCCUCUUCCCAUGCUUGCUUCCUUUAUUUUGUUUAUAAUGGUGGAAAGGAAAAACUCGAAUCUGCAUGGCUUAAGCAGCUCCAAGUCCUUUAAAAGCUUUUGUCCUUUUGUUGUUUGGAUCCUGUAAGCUUACCAUAUACUCGAUAUUAUGGAAUUCCUCUUCAAUUGAAUGUCACUUUUCCCUUCA